CACUUUGUGCUGAACACCAGCAGAAGCGUCUAUCUUCAGGCUGGCACCUCACCAUAUGACUGUCACAGCUUGUCAGGGCACAUCCUCAACUCGGCGUGUGAGCAGCUCUGCUCCUCCUUUAAAUAUCCGCCGUCAGUCUGAGGGACGCUGCAGUUAAGUGAGGGUCGUUAGGAGGAGAGCAGGAGGAGAAGGACUGCUGUAAGCGACUUUUCUUCGGAGGAGCAUCUAAAAUCCAGACACAAUGCAGGCAGAGAAGAAGGCCGUGGACGGGGAGUUGCUCCCCGACGCCAACGGCAAAGAUCCCAACCCUGGCGGACAGACCGAGGGCUCGAAGUGGCAGAGGCCCCGACUUUCACGCAAAUCGCUGAUGAGGUGCUGCCUUGUCAAGUGGAUAAUCGCAAGCACCACACAGCAAGGGCCAGAUGACGAAAUCAGUGGCAGUGACUUCGAGCUCUCUACGGUGCGGCACCAGCCAGAAGGCCUCGACCAGCUCCAAGCCCAGACCCAGUUCACCAGGAAGGAGCUCCAGUCGCUCUACAGAGGCUUCAAAAAUGAAUGUCCCAGUGGGUUAGUGGAUGAAGAAACCUUCAAAACGAUCUACUCACAAUUCUUCCCUCAAGGAGAUGCAACCACAUACGCUCAUUUUUUGUUUAACGCGUUUGACAUCGACAGGAACGGUUCCAUCCGAUUUGAGGACUUUGUGUUAGGACUGUCUGUUUUGCUCCGAGGCUCUGUCACGGAGAAACUCCGCUGGGCUUUUAAUCUUUAUGACAUCAACAAGGACGGCUACAUUACGAAGGAGGAAAUGUUAGCGAUAAUGACCUCCAUAUACGACAUGAUGGGCAGGUAUACCUCCCCCAGCAUACGAGAUGAUUCGCCCUUUGACCACGUGGAGAAAUUCUUCCAGAAAAUGGAUCGAAACAGGGACGGAGUCGUGACAAUAGAUGAAUUCAUAGAGACCUGCCAAAAGGAUGAAAAUAUAAUGGCUUCCAUGCAGCUGUUUGAAAACGUCAUUUAGUUUCUGUAGAGGAAACUGGACCUUAUGAUGCUUAACCCCAAAUAAUGUCAAUUAUCUCUAAAAUAAAAUAAUAUUUUGGGCAAUAAAACACAUAGGACACAUGUUCAUAUAAACUACUUAACACAACUACAUUUCCUGUAAAAUGUGAAAAUGCUAAGAAAUGUAUAGCAUCUACCAAUUGAUAUUAAAAGUAAUGAUUCUUUGCAUGAAAACAUUUGUUUUUGUGUGAAAGGCCUCCUUAUUAAAAGAUGUGCAUGAGUGUGUCCCCUUUAAUUAAAAAGCAUGUGAUAUAAACCCCUGAGGAUGCAAACAAAGGGUCUGUUGUUUUGUUACAUUCUUGGAAAUGUAAGUGCGUGGGAAUACUUUAUCACUAAAUAAUAUGGUGGUGAUUAAACUUU